AUCCCAAGUAACAAUUAUUGUUUGAAUAAAUGUUUCUUAGAGCUGUGUUAUUAAACUGCAUGUUUAUUAAAAUUUGAUUUAACUGAGUAGAAAACAUUGUUCAACUCUUGUUCGCCCAGAAAUGGAGAAUCUAUUCAACUAUAGUUGUACAAAUAAAAGCGUGUAAACGUUUAUACAAUGUAUUUGUUCAAAUUGUCAAAGCUUUGACAGCAUUAAGAGAAGCUUCUACAAUUGUUAUUAAGCAUUUAAAACAACAAUCAGUUAUUGAUAAUUUAAGAAGUGUUUGUUCAACGUUUUAUAAACAGAGGCUUGUAGCGCAUCGUUGUUUAAUUGUCGAAGAGAAGUGGUAUGAGGAAUUGAAAUUAGAUGUCGUUGACAUGUACAAUAGCAAGCAUUAUUCAACCAUAGCUCCACUUCAGUUCCACCUUUGUAACCACAUAAAGUGAGUAAACAAUAUGUUUCCAGUUGUACAAAAGCGGGAAGUAAUGUUUCUUAAACAUUUGUUCUAUGUACUUUACAUUAUGAUUUUUAAAUAUAUUUUUAAAAAAAGGUAGUUUCCACUAUCAUAUUAUAUUUUAUCAAGUUUUUUAUGCCUUUAUUUAUUUUUACCAAGCAUAUACAUAUUUUUAAUAACUUAUAAUUAAUUUUCAAUUGUUUGUUAUGAAUGCGUCGCUAAGGCUUGAUCCUAGAACCCUUUGAUUUACAGCUGUCAGCAUCUGCAUUGUUGUCCGUCCCGUCCACACUGCUCCAUCCUAGCUUGUAAUUUCCACCUCGUCAAAAGUUGUAUUUUAAUGAUUGCUAUAAAAUGGAACACUUUUCAUAGCAUGCAUUAUUUAAAUGUUGCUUUAGCAUUCUUAUUCAACUAGUCCACGGUAAGCCUAAUUAAAAUUUAAUAGCAGUUGAACAAUCAUUUCUCAGACAACUGGUAGCACUGCUCUUUGAAACUUGCUUCCAGUGUCAAACCAAAACAAUAACAAUCUUCGAUCGGUGCCAUCGGUGCAGCAUUUGCAGUACGCUCUAGUGAUUUAUUUUUAACAAAAUGGGAAAAGAUUACUUCGUCGUAGUGCAAACAAUCGAGGCCGGAAAACCUGUUGUUACAGUGGUGCCACACAAAUGGGUGAGUGGAAAUUCACUUUUCUGGCCUAGCAAGCAGGCAAACGAAUUACGCCAAAAUGCCGCAUCAUCACCAGCGUCGUCGUGGACAAAGAUGCCGUGCUCAGUGAAGCGGAAGUAUAUUCCGACUUUUAAGGGCGCCGAGCAAGAAGCUGACGAACUAUCGGGCCAAUCUACCGACGCUUCUGACUUCGCACCCAAGCGAAAGAAAAAGUUGAAGAAGGGUUCAACUACCAAGGAACUGGAUUUGAACCACCUACUAACGGAUCAAGCGGCGGAAGCAAAUCCCACUGUCCUGCAGCCGCGCGACCGUGAUGAUGUUAUGGAGAUUACUCCAGCAGAAAAGCAAGCGCCCCCGGUGAACCAACCAGUGAGUGAGAUUGAAAACAUAUGUUGCCAGCCGGAAUCUUUGCUCCCGGAAGGCUACGUCGUAAACAUACAACAGGUCGAUAUUUCUCACUAUUCAUUUUAA